AUGGAGCCGCUGCGCCGCCUGCUCCUCGGCCUGGCCGCGCUGCUGCUGCUGCUGCCGCCGAGGCCCGCGAACACCAGCUCAGUAACUGUGCCAGAAACACUGUUGUUUGUUUCAACUCUUGAUGGAAGUUUGCAUGCCGUCAGCAAGAGGACAGGUGCAAUCAAAUGGACUUUAAAAGAAGAUCCUGUUCUCCAGGUGCCAACACAUGUGGAAGAACCAGCGUUUCUUCCAGACCCAAAUGAUGGCAGUUUGUAUACGCUUGGUGGCAAGAAUAAUGAAGGCUUGACUAAACUGCCUUUUACUAUCCCGGAGCUGGUGCAGGCAUCUCCCUGUCGCAGUUCAGAUGGGAUUCUGUACAUGGGUAAAAAACAGGAUAUUUGGUACGUGGUCGACCUCAUGACUGGCGAGAAACAGCAAACUUUGACUUCUUCAUUUGCAGAAAGCCUUUGCCCAUCCACAUCCCUCCUAUACUUUGGGAGAACAGAGUACACGAUCACAAUGUAUGACACUAAGAAGAAGGAGCUUCGAUGGAAUGCCACCUAUUUUGAUUAUGCAGCUACCCUGCCUGAUGAAGACAUAAAAUACAAAAUGUCUCACUUCGUGUCUAACGGAGAUGGGCUGGUGGUCACUGUGGACAGUGAGUCUGGGGAUGUGCUCUGGAUUCAGAAUUACGCUUCUCCCGUGGUAGCUUUUUACAUCUGGCAACGGGAAGGUUUGCGGAAGGUCAUGCACACGAACGUGGGGAUAGAAACUCUGCGCUACUUGACAUUCAUGUCUGGGGAGGUUGGACACAUUACCAAAUGGAAAUAUCCUUUCCCAAAGGAAACAGAGACCAAGAGCAAAUUAACACCAACUCUCUAUGUUGGAAAGUAUUCCACGAGUUUGUAUGCAUCACCAUCAAUGGUGCAUGAAGGAGUAACUGUCGUGCCCCGUGGCAGUGCCUUACCCUUGCUAGAGGGUCCAAAAACAGAGGGUGUCACAAUUGAAGACAGUGGUGAGUGUGUUAUCACCCCCAGUACGGAUAUCAAGUUUGCAGGCAGACUGAAAGAAAAGAACAAGCUCAACUAUUGGAACGACUGGCUCUUGAUAGGGCAUCAUGAAACACCAUUAUCUGCCCCUACAAAGAUCUUGGAGAAAUUCCCAAGCAACUUACCUAAAAGGCCUGAAAACGUGAUCCCGGCUGACUCUCAUAAAGCCACUAUGGAAGAGGUUAUUGACAUCGUCGAAGGUUCCUCAACGGAAGUGCCACCAGCCAUUCCAAAGGAUAUUGAGGAGAAACCUGCUCGACCAAUUCCCCGUCCAGAGGCUCCUGUAGACUCGAUGUUGAAAGACAUGGCCACGAUCAUUCUCAGCACCUUCCUGCUUGUGGGCUGGGUGGCUUUUAUCAUCACAUACCCAAUGAGUGUACAUCAGCAGCAACAGAGACAGCAUCAGCUGGAGGAGAAGAUACAGCUCUUGCAGCAGCAGCAGCUGCCCUUCAGUGCUCCCAGCGACCUGUCAGCAGAAGCAGAUUCCUUGGAUGCCUCCUGUGUACGGACAGAGAGCUCAGCUGCCAGUACCCCAAAUCUGUCCCCCAGGGCGUCCAACCAUUCUGCCUAUUCCAACAUCUCCACAUCUGAUCUUGGGAGCUGUCUCUCCGCUGAGCAAGAAGAGGGUGAUGGAGAAACAGACAGAGUGAUGGUUGGCAAGAUAUCAUUUAACCCCAAAGAUGUAUUGGGGCAUGGAGCUGAAGGAACAAUUGUUUACAGGGGGACAUUUGAUAACCGAGAUGUUGCAGUGAAAAGAAUCCUCCCCGAGUGCUUCAGCUUUGCAGACCGCGAGGUGCAGCUGCUGCGCGAAUCUGACGAGCACCCGAACGUGAUCCGCUAUUUCUGCACGGAGAAGGACCGGCAGUUCCAGUACAUCGCCAUUGAGCUGUGUGCUGCCACCUUACAGGAGUAUGUUGAACAGAAGGCCUUCAGUCACCAUGACUUACAACCCAUUGCUCUCCUGCAACAGACGACAUCUGGGCUCGCUUACCUGCACUCCCUCAGUAUCGUCCACAGGGACCUGAAGCCCCACAACAUCCUCAUCUCGAUGCCUAAUGCACACGGGAAGGUCAAAGCGAUGAUCUCGGACUUUGGGCUGUGCAAGAAGCUGGCCGUGGGCCGGCACAGCUUCAGUCGCCGCUCGGGGGUGCCCGGCACUGAGGGCUGGAUCGCCCCCGAGAUGCUGAGCGAAGACUGCAAGGAGAACCCUACAUGUACUGUGGACAUCUUUUCAGCUGGCUGUGUCUUUUAUUACGUGGUGUCCGAAGGCAGCCAUCCCUUUGGUAAAGCCCUGCAGCGGCAAGCCAACAUUCUGCUUGGUGCAUACAGCCUGGACGCGCUAAGUGCAGAGCGACACGAAGACAUAGUUGCUCGUGAUUUAAUAGAGCAAAUGAUAAACAUGGACCCUCAGAAACGUCCGUCUGCCAGCUGUGUGCUAAAACACCCAUUCUUUUGGAGUUUAGAAAAACAGCUCCAGUUUUUUCAGGAUGUUAGCGACCGGAUAGAGAAAGAAUCUUUAGAUGGUCCAAUUGUCCGGCAAUUAGAAAAAAAAGGAAGAGAAGUGGUGAAAAUGGACUGGCGAGAACACAUCACUGUUCCUCUUCAGACAGAUCUUCGCAAAUUCAGAUCAUACAAAGGGGGCUCAGUACGCGAUCUUCUGAGGGCAAUGAGAAAUAAGAAGCACCAUUACAGAGAACUGCCUGCCGAAGUUCAGGAGACACUGGGCUCCAUCCCAGAUGAGUUUGUAUGUUACUUCACCGUUCGUUUCCCUCACCUGCUCCUGCACACCUACAAAGCCAUGCAGAUCUGCUGCCACGAAAGACUGUUCCAGCAUUACUAUAGUCAGGACUCUGCAGGGAACAGUCUGCCAUGAGACCCUGUUUGAAAACAAGGGGGAUAGAGCACCCCUCUGGGGGACAGACAUUCCAAGCACAGGGCUGUGAAACAGGCCUAACUUUAGCAGGGAAAAGUGGGAUCACCGAAGAGCUGAAUUCUCUUUGAGGAAACCAAGCGUCCAAAAAGUGCCUUGUACUGUCUACACUGGAGCAGAUGGCAGGAGCCCAAGGAGUAAGGGGUAACUUCACAGACGCAACGAGCCCUCAUGAUGGAGUUAUCCCAAGGCAAUGGAAGUGGAGUACAGACAGAGGUAUAACCAUCACGCAAUAUUCCUAUAUUGUAGUUGAUCUUACAUACAACUCAUGUAUUUUUCUGCACAGAAUCAAAACACAGUGAUUGAAAUCAUGUAAUUACUGAGAUCUGCAAGAGGGAACCUUUUAGUUGUAGCAAAGCAUCAGACCCUGCCCUUGCACUACUGCCACAGGCUGCCCUAGGCCCAGCACCGAGAUUGGAAAGGGCAGCACCUUCAGUUAUCCAAACCAGGAAAGAGAACACAAUUUUUUUUCCAUAAUUACCAUGGAACAUCAGACCCUCAUACUGGAGCAAAAACAAUGAAGUUAUGUUAAAAAGAAAUGACUAGAAAAAUCAAAUCAGUUAAAAACAUUUAUUUACUUCGAAAGUAAGGCUUAUUGUUCAAAUAUCACCCAGUAUUCACAGGAGAAUUUGAACAGUAGUUGAGUUAAAUCAGAGAAAAUCUUAAGAAACUUUGUAUACAUUGAUAUCAGCUGCUUGUAAGAGACUGAUUUCUGUCCUGCAAGUGUUUCCUACCUCCUACUAAAGGCUCUUCCAGAAGGAAGAGGACUCACAGGGAAACAAAGAAACUAGGAAGCAACGAGACAGGUACCGAGCAGAGAAAGCAGAGGCAGUGUUUUAACAGGUGAGAUUAAGCUGUAGAAGCAGCUUAUUAUUUUGUUCAAGUAGCUAAUUAUGUCUGAGGGAGGCUGAUGUUUUUAAAGAUGCAGUAUUUCUUUUCAUUGGCCCUAAAGCUGUGACAAAGCAUUAAGCGUGUGUGAAGCAUUUAAGAAAUGCGCAAUUCUAAUAUGAUACAAGUGGGGGUGUUCUUUUAUGAUAUAUUUAUUUAACAUAUUUAUAUUUAUUUAAUUUUUACUACAAUGUGGUAUUAAAUCCAAAUGGUACAAGUAUAAAGCAUGCCAAGCCUUUCUCAAUCUUUUGUAUUUGUAAUUUAUCAUACUAAACAACUGGAAAAGGGAAAGCGAUACUGCAUCUUUCAAUGACACAUUUGUCUAUUCCCACUAAUGGCUAAGAAAGGGGAGUAAAUGCAUCUGACUGUGCCAUUAUAUCUUAAAACAGUAAAUUAUUGACAGCUCUAUGUAUGAUUGGGUACAUACAGCCACUUUUCU